AUGUCGCAGAUUUCCCACAGUACGGAGGCGGAUGGUGCGAUUCACAUCGUGACACUGAACCGGCCAGAUGCGCAAAACGCCCUGACGAUGGACAUGAUGAACGAGAUUGCUACGCUUUUCCAUGGCUUGCGAGAUGACAAGAAGGUCCGCGCCGUGAUUCUCACCGGCGCGGGGGAGAAGGCCUUCUCCGCGGGGGUGGAUUUGUUGAAAGCCGAUGGGAUCUUCACCAGCUACUUCCCCACACCCUUGGAGAAGGACCCCAGGGUCCAGAUCGAAACCUUUCCAUGGCCUGUGAUUUGUGCCGUGAAUGGCUUCGCCAUCACAGGGGGGUUUGAAUUGGCGCUGGCCUGUGAUAUCCUCAUCGCCAGUGAGAAUGCGAGCUUCGCAGACACGCAUUCUAAGUUUGGUAUUGCCCCCGCAUGGGGCUUGAGUCAAAAGUUGGCGCGGAGCCUGGGCCCCAGCCGGGCCAAGGAGCUGCACUUCUCAGGUCGUUUCAUCGGUGCCAAGGAGGCCAUGGCUUGGGGCCUGGUGAAUCGCGUGCUGCCACCGCAGCAGCUGAUGCCCCAUUGCCUGGACUUGGCCAAGGAGAUGUCGAAGAUGAAUCCGACCAUGCUGCGGAUGAUGAAGCAGACCGUGAAUGACGGAUAUGGGAUGUCCUUCAAAGAUGGAUGUGAAAACGAACAAAAUGUCGCCUACAAAUACUACAAGGAGAUGGGUGCGGAGCUCUUUGAGAAGAUGAAAGCAUUCAUCAUGUCGCGUAGCAAAGGAACAUGUGCUGUUGAGCUGGUUGGGGUGGGCCUUGGCAGCGACGCGUGGGACUAUGACUGUGACGCUUCGACAGUGAUGCCCGAUACUGGCAUCCACGCCGCACACGCUGCAGCAGCGGCCGCCUCAUGUGCUGUGAAGGGCUGUGCCAUCGAUAUCACCGAUGCGCAGGUGAGCCUGGCACGAAACGAGUCGGGGUCCUCCGUCCCAAACUCAGAUGGUUCUGUGGUGCGAUGGAUGAAGAUCGGCAGCUUUGCCGUGAAAGUUGCAGCAUCCACGGGAUUGAAGGCCGACGAGGCGAAAGAGGUCGCUGCAAUGGCAGUCAUCAAAGGCAUGUUGGAGUCCUUGAGCACCGUGGAUGUCAACUCCCUGAAGCACCUUGAGGCGGGCGUUGCUGCAACGGGAAUGUCCGUCGAAAAAGCGCUUCGUUUGGUCGCCGAAAAUGGUGUCGAUGGAGCAGUACGCGGAUGCCUCACGAUGGGCUCGGCUGUCGAGUCCUGUGGUGCAUUGGCUCAUCACAUCGUCAAUGCUUCAGGUUUGUCCCAGAAAGAGGCGAACUCCGUGGGUCAGCAGGUGGCUGCUCGUGUGGCGGCCGAACACGCCGUCCAAAACGGCGCUUCGCCCGACGAAGUGCGCACAGCUGCUGAAAAGGUGCAGAAACCGUGGCACACCAACUUGGCCAAAGAGCGAAUCGCUUCGCACGCGGCAGCCAAGGCCGUGGCUGAGCGGGCGGUCCAUAGCUCCGCCACGGCGCGGCGCAUCGGGCUGCAGGUCGCUCAGGCUGCUGGUAGGUACAUCUCAGGCCACGCCUCGGUAGCCUCAGCUGCUUGCGCCUGGGAGGUGGCCAAAAUGGCAACAAGGGCGUCCAUCCCGGGACGCGCCUUGGUGAAAGAAGCCUUGGGUGCAAUUCCAGGGGAAAGAUUGGCGAUGUGUGUUGCGAGCUUGGAACCUUGCAACAUGUGGGCGAGAGUAAUGAACUGCCUGAUGUCCCGUGCAGCCGUAGCAAUCAAGCCCCACGUCACGGGCCUCGUCAAACAAGUUUCUGAGCCGUUGCCGGAAGCGACCGGACCGGUGCAACUUGGCUGCAUGGAACGCUGUGCCAAGAUGGCAAACUCACCACAAGGUGAAAUAUAG